AUGCUUAUCAACCUUUUGAUUUUUGAAUUAGUAGGAGAGUCUAAUGUGACUAACAACCAGACUCUUCCUCCUCCAGAAGAUAAAUUAUCAACAUCAGAUUUGGAAAAUGCAACUAUUCCAAAAAUUUCGACAGAAAAUUCAACAAAAAUUGACGAAAAACCAAUUAACUCAAGCAAUAUUGUUCAAAACAUAAAUAAUAAUUCAGUGGAAAACAAAAUCCAAAAUUCUAUUCCCGAAUUGAGUAAAAAUUUCAACAAUUUAAUAAAUGUUUCAAAUACAACUGAGGUAAAUAAGUUGAAUAUCAACGAAAAAAUUGUUAAAAACGAAACAAUUUCAGAAAAUUUAUCUAUAAUUCUAUCAAAAUUGCACGAAAAUAUAGCAAAUCAUAACAUAACUAAUUCUAGCCAUAUACUGGUUAAUAAUCAUACUAAUUCUUCUAAUCUAUCGAAAAUUCCUCUUAAUACGAUUAAGGAAGACAAAAUAGAUGAUAAAACUGACCAAAAUACAAAUGAAACACGCAUAGAAAGCAAUGUUACUGCAAAAAAUACAUCAAAUUCACAAAUACAAAAUAUAACUUCAAUAUUUGAAGAAAAACGCAACAUUUCUUCUUCCCAACAAAACCAAACAAUAAAAAAUUCAAUUGUUUCAAAUACAACAAUCGAACAAAGCAAAAUUUCGACAACUGCCAUGAACAAGACUCAAAUUCCAAAUAAAGAGACACAAGUGAACAAUACCGUGAAUCCAGACAAGUCAAAAACAAUGGAAAAAACCGAAAUUGUAGAAAAACCAUCAAAUUCAGCAAAUAAUUCAGAGAAAAUACUCACAAAUAUCAAUGAAAUGCAAGCAAAUCGAUCAUUCUCUUCAGAAGCAAAUAAAUCAGAAAUUAUUUCAAAUAUUUCUGAAACAAAUCAAACAAUUGACAACCAAACCAUUGGUACACAACUAAACAAUGCAGGGAACGAGACAGAAAAACAAAAAGAAAUUGUUUUUUCAAAUUCAUCACAAAUUUCGCAAAAUGAAACAAAUUUGGCUUCACAGGAAGACAACAUCAACGAAACAGAACAAAUAAUGACACAAGUUGAUCAGUUAUUGAAUAAAAAUAAAAUUUUCAAAAAUUUAAAUGAAACAAAUGGAAAAACUAAUGAAACAACUAAAACUAAUCAACAAAUUAAUACAACACAAUUAAAUAAAUCAAACGAAACUCAAAAUAAAAUUGAUUUUUCAAAUUCAACCGAGAAAACCAACAAAACUCAAAUAGAAAGACCAAAAGUAAUGUUACUGGAAGAAAAUGAAACCAAAUCUGAUGAAAACUCAACAAAAAUUGAAAAUAAAAUUCAAAAUCAAAAUUCAACAAAAAUAAACAUAGAAAAUGUUACAAAUACAACAAACAUUGUAAUAGAAAAUGCUACUGACCACUCAAAUUCAACAAAUAUUGAAAAAACAAAAAAGAAAUUAGAAAAUAUCCAAGAAAAUCAAACAAAAACCAACCAAGACACAAACAAAACUAUUUUUGUUGAAAACCAAACAAAAACCAAUGAAACAAUUCAAAAUAUGACAAUAGAAGUCACUUCACCUCACUCAGAACAAUCUUCUUCAGAAAUUUCAACAAAAAUCAACAUUUCAGAACAAUCUUCUUCUUUAAUUCAAGAAAAUUCUUCUGAAACAAAUACUUCUAAAAAUGAACCAAGAAGUGACAUAACUAUCACUUCACUUUCUUUAGAAACUCCAACAAACCCCCCAAUUAGUUCUUCAUCAUCUUUUUCAGAAAGAACUCCUUCUCCAACAGAAUUUGUUAUUGAACAAAUUCCAGAAAGAACUCCUUCUCCAACAGAAAAAUUCAUUGAACAAAUUCCAGAAAGAACUCCUUCUCCAACAGAAAAAUUCAUUGAACAAAUUCCAGAAAGAACUCCUUCUCCAACAGAAUUUGUCAUUGAAACAAUUCCAGAAAGAACUCCUUCUCCAACAAAUGACGGUUUUGACAACUUCACUUCACUUUGUCAUGGAAGUGGAUCCUUUUAUUCAGAUGGACAAUGCCGGUGCAAAGACAGCACUCAAUUUUAUGACAGCAAAAAAGGCUGUUUGAAGUGUGAUUUUCCAUGUGAUUCAAAUGCAUUUUGUUUAUCGAGAAACAAAUGCAAAUGCAAGGAAGGAUACACAGGAGACGGAAUCAAGUGUCUGCAGCAGCCUCCUCUUGUCAUCUCUGUCUCACCAACAGAGUGCCUCAAAGAUGAAAGAUGCAUCGUUUCUGUAUUCGUAAAAAUCAGAGGAAAAGUGCCAGAAUCAGCAUUUUGUAUGUUCGGAAAUAUUAUCGUAAAAAGUGACAGUGUUGAUGAGAAUGUUAUAACAUGCAAAGCACCAUUAUUCUCCAACACAGCUGCUGACAUAAAGGUUUCAAUUGACGCCAAGCACUGGUCGAAAGAAUCAGCUCAAAUUUCGUUUAUUUCGAAAGGAGUUGCAUCAUUCGGAUGGUUUUGGCCGACUGUUGGAUUUCUGACUGCUUUCAUCAUUGUUUUCUCCCUCGUUUUCAUGCUCAGAUCUGCGGACGAAGAGGACAAACUGCUCGAAGAGAAGGUACCUCUCAAACACACACAGGGACACAAGGAUGAAUACCAACACGCAAAGUUUAGAAUUAAUGUUUGA